UAUGGUAACGAGCUUCCCGGAAGUGACGCCCUGGUAACCCGGUUGGGUGGAGUAAGAUGGCGGCCGGGUUCAGUAGAGCGGCUGACUGGUCCUGUGUGUCCCCGGCCUGUCUCCUCACACUGGGGGCCCUGGUCAUCCUGUCCGCCCGCCCCGCCGCCUCCAGGACCUGCCGGCACCGACCCCCCGAGACACACGAGGUUCUGUACAAAGUUCACCAGAAAACAAACCACAUUUUGAAAAGACACACAGAUCAUCAGCUUCGGGUGAAAACCGUUUACGAUAAGAGCAUCGAUGAUCUUAUUCCAGUAAAAAGAAGACUUGUCAGAAACAAACUCUUCCCUCAAGCUAUUUCAUAUUUAGAAAAGACCUUUCAAGUUCGCCGGCCGAGUGGAUCUAUAUUACUAAGCAGGCAGUGUAUAAACAAUCAGUAUCUGAAGCGAAUGCACGAUCCUCGCAGAUACUGUCAUGGCGGCUGUGCCCAGCAGACGCGGUGUGGACCAGUUAUAGUACCUGAGGAACACCUGCAGCAAUGCAUGAUGUGCAGUGAUACUGAGUGGCAUUGUGGGCCCUCUGGGGCCCCAGAUGUUGAAGGUGUGCAGGAUGCAGAUUUUGUUCUUUAUGUCAGCGCGAUGACCACAGACCGUUGUCGCCAGGAGAAUAUUGUGGCGUAUGCCGCGUACUGCCAGCUUGAAGCAGAGAUGGACCGGCCCAUCGCUGGUUACGCCAAUCUAUGCCCAAACAUGAUCUCUACUCAACCACAGGAGUUUGUUGGCAUGUUAUCCACAGUAAAGCAUGAAAUUAUUCACGCCUUGGGAUUUUCUGCUGGUCUCUUUGCAUUUUACUACAAUGAUGAUGGCAGACCCCUCACUGACCGAAACGCAAAUGGCCUCCCACUAUUUAACGAUAGCCUGGGCGUUUAUCAAUGGAGCGAUAAGGUCGUUCGCACAGUGUCAAGGAUUUGGGACGUUCGUGGCCCUAAUUUGCUUCGACAUAAUGUUUUCGUGUUAGUCACCCCUAGAGUCACUGAAGAGGUGAGAAAGCACUUUAACUGCCCAAUUCUGGAGGGAAUGGAACUUGAGAACCAAGGAGGCAUUGGCACCGAAAUGAACCACUGGGAGAAGCGCUUGCUGGAGAAUGAAGCCAUGACCGGGUCCCACACCCAGAAUCGGGUGUUUUCAAGGAUCACGUUGGCAUUGAUGGAGGACACAGGCUGGUACAGGGCCAAUUAUAGCAUGGCUGAGCGUCUAGACUGGGGCCGUGGGAAAGGCUGCGACUUUGCCAUGAAAAGCUGCAAAUUCUGGAUCCACCAGCAAAGUGAAAAGAAGCAGAGUGUGAGCCCGUUCUGUGACACGUUGAGAACAAACCCGUUAAAACUUACCUGCAGACAGGACAAGAAGGCUGUGGCCAUAUGUAACCUGCAGAAAUUUAAUAAGCCUCUUCCCCAGGAAUACCAGUAUUUUGAUCACAUUCCCGGCGUGGACCCUGACGAUUUACCAUAUUAUGGUGGUGCUGUGGAAAUCGCAGACUUUUGCCCUUUCACACAGGAGUUCAGCUGGCAUCUGAGUGGGGAGUUUCAGCGAAGUUCUGACUGCACCAUCUCCAACAACCAGCCGGCACCUUCAAGGAACUUUGGUGCCGAGAGAUAUGGGCCCGAGUCGGCCUGCCUGGAGCAGAGAUCUGCCUUCGUUAUGGAGCAAUGUUUACGAAGGAUGAGCUACCCCGACUGGGGAAGUGGCUGCUACCAGGUUUGCUGCUCUUCGGAAGGACUGGAAGUCUGGGUGCAAGACUCCCGCCACCUGUGUACCCGAGCAGGCCAGAUCCUGACUGUCAGCGUCCAGAUGAACGGGUGGCUAUAUGGGGGGGACCUUAUUUGUCCGUCUUGUUGGGAUUUCUGUGACACCUGCCCCCCAGAACGAGAUCCCCCUCUCGACAACAGGACUCGAGUCACACCGCUGGAUCUUUGCUCUCGUUCUUCAAACAUGGUUGUUACCCUGUGGCUUCUGAUGCUCAAUCUGCUCCCCCUGCUGGCAGGGUUCUUUCUCUGCGUCUAUAAGUGAAUGAGAAGCCACAAUGCUCCUGUCUCGGCUCGCACUGGAUGAGAGUUUGCGAUGGCCGUCCCAUGUUACUCUGUUACCUCAGCACGCAAUGACCUGUCGCUGAGCACAGGAAUACUUCUCAAACCGGGCACUUUCUCCUCUGGGUGACUGACUGAUAUUGGCCAUCACUGCAGUCAAUCUGGACACGUUCCUACAUAAUGUGAUUAUUUUUUAUUUUUUUUAAGGGAUAUUAGCUGCUAACUUAAGAUGUUCUGUUUCUGCGAUGGGGAUAAAAAUAAUCGAUCUUGGGAUUGAUUUUAGCUGGACUUUUAAACCUCCUACCGUGGAAGAUUCUCCGUAUCCCAUGGACAAUUUUGUUAUUGAUAUCCAGACUGAUUACUUUUUCUUUAUCAUGGAGCUGUCUAGGAGUACAUCAAAGCAGGACGAUGUGACGGCACACUACGUCUGACCGCUGGGAUUACCAUCCUGCUUUAAUUAUGAUGGUUUCACUAAAUAGAUAUAUUUACUGUCAUUCUAGGCAGAGAGAGAUCGGUUACAGCGCCGGCGGCCUCUGGCGUCUAGUCAGUACUUUGGUUUAAGUUAAAUGUAACUUAUGUUCUAGUCUGUUUAGCGCACUUUCUUUUCUGGUGCUGGAAACCUAUGAUUAUUAAGAUAUUAUCUCCAUAUAUUAGGGUGUCAUCAAGAAAGAUCCCCAUUGCAUAGUGUCUGUGUCCUAAUGUUAUGUACAUGUUUGUGUGUGUAUGUAUAUGUUUGUAUGUGUUUAAGUAUGCACUUUGUGUACAGAGAUAAUUCACUCCAUCAAGUUAUUUGUUACCCCUUAUAAAUGCUGACCAGGAAUUAUUUGAUUCGGAAGGGGUGAUUAAUAAUCAUUUGUAAGACUGAUUUUACAAGGUACUAAAAUGGAUCAAUAUAAUUGGAGUUGGAAGCAUUAAAUGGACACUCUAGGCACCAAAACCACCACCUCUUACUGAAGUGGUUGUGUAGCCUAAAUCCUCUCCCUGCAGACUGGCAAAAUAAAAUGUCUGAGAAACGGCAGUUACGCCUUCAGUGACAUCAGUGUGGCGGCCACUAGAAACACUAAUUUUAAAUGAUUGGCCAGACGAAUCCAACCACUGUAAGUGCGUUUUAUAGCGAAGCAUUGAAUUCAGUGCUGCUCUGAGAGAAGCGGCUUGCUAACUGAGCCCAGUGGGUCUUUAUUGCUUUCCCGAUGGUAAACAUGGGCUGGGGCUGAACGGAUGAUAUUCGAAUAGGAGGAGCUGGCCCAGCACUGGAAACACAAUGUCCCGGGAAUAUUUUAACUUUAAAAAUAAAUAUUUAUAUAAGUAUUUAUUUGUGAUGUUAAAGUGUUCUUUAAGAUCUAAGAUUUCACAAAUGCCAUAAAUUAACACAGGCCAAAAAAACAGCAGAAGAAAUGGGUAGAAUCUGUCUCUUUCUGUCCUUUGUUUUAUUAUUUGUUUUAUUAAAAACCGCUCAUUCUGCGAUACUGUUCCCAUUUUCGAUUUAUGGUCGGCUCCCAUUUUUACGGUUAAUUAGGCUGUUUGUAAAUACGAUGUUAACAUGGCUCUGAUACGGCAUUAUUUAUUAUAAAUGCAAUAUUUAUUUUAUAAAAUGUGCAAUAACUGUGCCAAACGUCUGCUUUCCCCUCCUAUCCCUAUGUAACACUGUAUGUCACCUGGUACCAGUACUAAUGGCAGCUAGCGCCGGCAGAGAAACGUGUCCAAUGCCCAGCUACCCGGGGCAGCAAAUAAAACAAUCUGUUUCAAAAUAGGAAAAAAUGAAUCUUGAUAUAAGAUGUAGUUCAUGUGCAGGAUUACUGUUUAUUUCAAGCUAAUGGUAAUCAACAGAGCACAACUAAUGAUAAACAUCAGCAAUAAAGUCAAAACCGUCAGGGGAGAACAAGGCAGCCCAUAGGUAUUCUGUGAGGCUAUGCUAGACAACUGUGAUGGUCCUUGUUGGUGGAGCAUCAUGGGGAAUGUAGUUCACAAACCUCUGGAGUGCCAAUGAUAGCCAUCACUGCUGUAGAGAAUACAAUGCUGCGUGAACUCCUGAGAACAGUCCGUGUGCAGCCAAGAUGGAGUAAGGAGUCACCACAAGGGCGCCUUUUAUUGCUUUUCUCCGUAGAUUCCCCCCCAGGGAGGCCCAGCCCCGGCUGCUAGUGCAUUUUUAUUUUCGUGUGAAUUAUAUUUAGUCAGGAUUGUUCACAUCGAAAUAAAGUUUGAAUUAUAGUUUAUAUUAGCCGGCAUAGUUUUCAGUUUACCGAUUUUAGACCUUGAAAUGAGUCCACAUUGUAUCGAAUAACCCUGUGAGUGUAUUCCUUCCUUGCUGUAAUUCGCUGCUUUGUUGACAUGAUUCAGUUGUGCGUUCCAUGUUCAUAUGGCGCCGUAUCCCUCUGCAGAGAAACUAUCCCGGUCUUAUCCAACGCUACCUCAGUGUUACUUUCCAGACUGUGCACAUGGAGCGUGGUAACACUAAGAUCGUAUUCUCAGGGAAUAAUGAGUGUGCACAAGCUCUCUCUCAUUCCAACGCUCUCUUUAUUGCAAUCAAUACUGCAGCCUAACUUAUGUCUGAGUUUAACCCGGUCACUACCAGACACAAUGAGUAUUUUCUGUCUUUUACCCUAUUGCAAUAAAAAGGACAGGUGUAUGCUUCUCAUUUUAUGAAAAGCACAGUUUGA